AUGCCCGAGAGCGGUAGGUUCCGUGAGCGCGAUCGCGACCGCGACCGCGACCGCGAUCCCCCGCCGAGCAGGCGCCAAAGCAUCACCGAGCGUCUACGUGGAACCUUCAGCCAGGCGCGCAAGGACACCACCGCCUCGAUCCAGCGCCGCGCAUCCUCGGCGACCAGGCAGUCGCCGAUUCCGCGCAUCAGGGAGUGGCUCGACACCUGCAAUGGCCAGCAUCAUAAUCACUGCAGCGGGGACAGACCCUUGGAUGUUCCAACCUGGCGCCCCGUCUAUCUCAUCGACACGGUUGAGCGAUGCCUAGUCCGCGCGAAGCCCACAGACCGGUACACGGCGCUCAGCUACGUCUGGGGCGCUGCAAUCCGACGCGACGGCCCCGACGGCGUCGCGCAACUCCUACGCAGUAAUGCCGACGCCCUGCAGCUGGGACUUGCAGACGCAGAUAUCCCCAAAACAAUCUUGGACGCCAUAUGGCUGUCCAAGAAGCUCGGCAUCCGACAUCUAUGGGUUGACAGGCUCUGCAUCGUCCAGGAUGAUGAAGGCGACAAAGCAGAUCACAUCGAGCACAUGGCCCACGUUUUCGCAAACGCCUACCUCACAAUCGUCGCUGCCCACGGCGAUGUCGACACCGGUUUGCUGCCACUGGAUCCGCGGCGGCCGAUGCGCACCGCCAAAGGCGGACCCCGGGAGCACAAUGACCUGCUGCUCUCGUCAAGAUGGAACACGCGCGGCUGGACGCUGCAGGAGCUCCUGUAUUCCCGGCGCGCCGUCUUCUUCUUCGAAGAUAGCGUAACAUGGGAAUGCCACUGCGACCUUUGGCAAGGCAGCCCGACGGGCGUUCUCAAGGCAAUGCGCGGAAAGCGCAACGAGUGCAACAACCGCGUCUCGUCGGCCGCCUUUGGCUUCCAGCAUGCGCCGUGGCCUGACCUCGAUGAAUAUGCCAGAGUGGCCAUGGACUAUAGUUCCCGCAGGGUUACGCUCGUUGACGACACGCUGGCGGCCUUUUCGGGCAUCACGCAUGUCCUUUCACGUAUUUUCGCUGGGGGUUUCGUAUAUGGCAUGCCUCUGAUGUUCCUCGACAUCGCGCUGCUCUGGAGGCCGCAGGCGACGAUACGGCGACGAGCGCUUACGAGGCCGCCGUUUUUGCCGUCAUGGUCUUGGAUGGGCUGGUGGUUCGACGGGAUACCAGUUGAUCUGACCCUGUGGAGGGCAGGCGCUGAUUAUGUCGAGGAAACGAAGGCGACGAGGCGUGGACAGGGCUCCAAGCGAUUCCAGCCCACCCAUUCAUUCAGAAUCAAGCCGAUCGUGAUAUGGACACUCACAGACCGAACCAACUCUGUUCCCGUCACAAACAACGGGCUGCAGUAUCGAGAACUGCGUUCACGCAAGAGCACUGGCUCACAGCUGCCGCCUGGAUGGUCUAGAUCAGGCGGCUCACACUUCAAGCAUGAUAGCGACGACCUGACAAUCUUCAAAUACCCGGUACCGGUAGAGGAGCCGCCGGAGGAAGGCGACUAUGGCCCUCGGCAUCGUGAGAGACCGCUUCCUGGACCCCUCCUCGCCUUCAAGACCACGGCUGCCUUCUUCGACGUCGAUUAUGCGAUAUCUAUGACUCCAAAGGAUAAGCCUAAUCCACCCAUUGCCGUCGGCAACAUUUGGAGCAGGUCUGACAGGUGGGUCGGCGAGUUCCGGGCACACGAUGGCUGGCUGGGCGUGCAGUCAUCCAACUACGACGGAGACGAGAAGCUCGAGUUCAUUGCCAUCUCGGCGGCUUUGGAGCGCAAGGGCUCGUACGUGUUUAGCGUGGAAAGGUUCGAGGAGAACAUGGAUUCGGACGAAAUCAUCGAUAUUGUGAACGUCUUGUGGAUUGAGCGGAUUGCUGGCGUGGCGUACAGGAGAGGCAUCGGUCACAUCUUGCAGAAGGCGUGGGAUGCCCAGGCCAAGGAUGAGGUUGAUAUUUUGCUUGGAUAG